AUGGCCGCUGUCACGUUUUCUAUCAACAAUAACAUGGUUACUAUUGAGAUUCUUACUGGGUCAAACUUUAAGAAGUGGAAAGAAGACAUUAUGUUAGCCAUAGAAAUGACAGAUGAAAAGAGUAAUCGUAUUUGUACACUUUCCAUAAAGAGGUCAUUCCAGGAUCAUCUGAAAAGUGAUCUACCUGACCAAUGUACUGCCAGAGAAUUGUUAGAUGCAAUUUCCAAGAGAUAUAAAGUUUCAUCGAAUGCUGAGAUUGAGACACUUUUGCAAGGAUUAUUUAAUAUGGAAUACUAUGGUUCUGGGAGUGUUAGGAAUAAUAUUAUUAGGAUGGUUGAUUACCAGACCAAACUCAAAGCCUUGAAUAUUCCUCUCCUUGAUGCCCUGAUUGUUCAUCAAGCCCUUAAUACCCUACCUUUUGAAUUUGGUAUCAUUCAAACCAACUACAUUUCUUAG